GGAUGCAAAAACGAAAUUUCUUUCGUCGAAAAUGAGGCGGGCCCGAAAGAAACCCUCCAAGAUAUCUUCCACUUUCUCGACUCCGUGUCUUUCUUUGAAUAUCAGAAAAAAUCUCUGGCGGUUCGUGUUUCGAACGAGAUCGCAAAGGAAGGAUCCGAUUGCUUUGGAACGUGAUUGAGAGAAGAGAAGUAAAGGAGAGAAAUGACUAGUUCUGUGUGUUUCGGGCCUGUGAUUAUGGCGAAAUCGAUUGACGGCAGAGGAUUUUCUUCUACGAGAAUCAUACUAAUCGGCUCAGAGUUUGCUGCGAAUCGUGUUUUGUUCACCGAUUCGAGGCUACUGAGCUCUAGGAUUUGUGGCGCGCGAGCUUCUAUGGUGAAUUCUUAUGGAAGCUCGGAUUUCGUCAAGAGGAUGGAACAAGCAUGGGAGAUCUCUCAGCAACCAACGCCUAUUUGCUGCUCUUCUUGCCACUCAAAUGGACAUGUGGAGUGCCAAUGGUGUAAGGGAACAGGCUUCUUUAUUCUCGGAGAUAAUAUGCUUUGUCAAGUUCCUUCCAGAAACACUAGCUGUGUUAUUUGCGCCGGCAAGGGCUCUAUCCGAUGCUCCGACUGCAAGGGAACAGGUUACCGGGCCAAGUGGCUGGGUGAGCCCCCCAUUUCUAAAUAGACCGAAACUUCAGCAAAAAAGAAAAAUGCCAGAGACUGAUCUGGUGCUACCAGGUCUAAUCAAGUCAACUAUAAUUUGCCAUUAUUAUUUUUAUUAAAUCUCAUAACCAACGUCUAGUGCAGUUUUCAUUAAAAUCGAGCAGCCAGCUUGCGAAUGGAUCGCAGGCCUUUUGCUGCUUUAAGAUUCUUUGUAUAUUGUUUCAGAAUCAGUCAAAUUCAUGUUGUUCCUUGAAUGUCAUAGUGAAGUUACAUUUGGCUCACAA